AUGUCAACCACAAGCGACACCAAAUCCCAACGCGUCCUUAUCAUCGGCGCCGGCCUAGCCGGUCUCGUCGCCGCCUUCGAGCUCACCCAGCGCAACGUCCCCGUCCUCAUUGUCGACCAAGAAAAUGCAAACAACCUCGGCGGCCAAGCCUUCUGGUCUCUCGGUGGUCUUUUCUGUGUCAACUCCGCCGCUCAGCGACGCAUGGGCGUGAAAGACUCUCGCGAACUCGCCAUGCGCGAUUGGUUCGGCUCGGCAAGGUUUGAUCGAGACGAGGAUUACUGGCCUCGCAAGUGGGCCGAGGCGUUCGUCAACUUUGCGACGGAUGAAAUGGAGAAUUAUGUCAAGGCGAGGGGGAUUGGGUUUUUGGCAAGUGUGGGGUGGGCUGAGCGCGGUGCGGGGACUGCGGAUGGCCAUGGCAACUCUGUACCACGGUUCCAUAUUACUUGGGGAGCCGGACCAGAGGUUGUGAGGGCUUUUGCUGACCCAGUAAAGGAGGCUGAGAAGAAGGGGUUGGUGGAGUUCAAGUGGCGGCAUAUGGUGGAUGAGAUUAUCGUGGAGGAUGGGAAGGCCGUGGGCGUCAAGGGGAGACUGCUGGAGGAGGACGACAAGCCGCGCGGUGUUCAGACGUCGCGAAAUGUGGUCGGCGAGUUUGAGCUUCGCGGAGCGGCGGUGCUGAUUGCUACUGGCGGUAUUGGCGGCAACGUCGAGAAGGUUAAGCAAUGCUGGCCGAAGGAGAGGCUGGGCGGCCGUGUGCCGGAGCACUUUGUCAUUGGUGUCCCGCAUCACGUCGACGGGAGGAUGAUUGACAUUGCUGAGAAGGCUGGUGCGAAUAUUAUCAACCGCGACCGCAUGUGGCAUUACACCGAGGGUCUGCACAAUUGGGAUCCCAUCUGGCCCGAGCACGGCAUCCGUGUCCUGCCUGCACCAUCAUCUCUCUGGAUCGAUGCAACCGGAAAGCGUCUGCCCCCUUUCCUCUACCCCGGCUGCGACACCCUCGCCACGCUGAAGUACAUCUGCGAGACGGGUUACGAUUACACGUGGUUCAUCACCGACCAAACCAUUGUUGCCCGUGAAUUCGCCCUGUCUGGCUCCGAGCAGAACCCCGACCUCUCCAACAAAUCCAUUUGGCAGUUCCUGAUGCAGCGCGUCUUCUCCUCCAAGGGCACCAUCCCCGUGCAAAACUUUGUCAAGAACGGCGUCGACUUUAUCGUGAGGGACAACCUUAAGGAUCUGGUCGAUGCGAUGAACGAGCUGGCUGCUAAGACGCCCAAUCCUGCCCCUCCCCUGGAAUACGAGAAGAUCAAGGAGGUUGUAGAGUCCCGCGAUGGUCAGUUUGUGAACCCAUUUUCCAAGGACGCCCAGGCUAUGUUGGUGAACAGUGCCAGAAAUUAUUGGCCAGAUAAGCAGAGCCGUGUGGCGCCGCCGCAUCGAUUAUUGGAUACGGCCAAGCAUGGGCCGUUGAUUGCCGUGAGGAUGAACCUGUUGACAAGGAAGACGCUGGGCGGUAUUGAGACGAAUCUGGAGAGUAAUGUCAUGAAGCCAGACGGCAAGCCAUUUCCGGGGUUGUAUGCUGCUGGUGAGGUAGCUGGCUUUGGAGGUGGUGGUGUCCAUGGCUACAGUGCUCUGGAGGGGACCUUCUUGGGAGGUUGUAUCUUUUCCGGACGGGCAGCUGGCCGGGCGAUGGCUGACCUGGUGCUGGGGAAGAAAGAGUAG